CGUUUCCGCGUUUCCGCGCGUCCAUGUAAUCGCACCCUGAGUGUAGAAAGUGCAAACGAAACAAAGCGAAAUUGAAUCAAAAGGACAGGAAAAAGUAAAGAUAUAAAGGAUUUCGUGACACUUGGCGAAAGCAUCGCAAAAUGUUGACUCCACGCUUCAAAAUUACGCAAACCGAUACAGAAAUCUCGAUAACAGUGCAUGCUCCGUUUACUAAUAUAAAAGAUACAGAAAUAUAUGUGGAUGGGACAGAUUUCAGAUUUUAUUCCACUCCAUAUUAUCUGAGAUUACAGUUACCAGGUGAAAUAGAAGAAAAUGAUUCAUCUUCUGGUUCCUAUGAUUGUGAGAAGGGUGAUUUUGCUUUAUGUUACUCGAAAGUGAAUAAAGGACAGCACUUUGAAAACUUGGAUAUGAUAACUGUUCUUUUAGCACCACCGAAAAAGAAAAGUACUGUCAUUCCUAAUAUUGAAGUAAUUGGUAAUCCAUCUGCAAAUUCAGCAAACAUCGAUGAUAGUUUAAAUGACAAUGAUACCACAAAUGAUGAUUCUGAAGAUAAUUGGUUUGUACCUCAGAAUAAUCCAUCAGAAAAUGCAACAGUUCUUACAGGCUCCCUAAAAUAUGGUUUUGCAAACAAAAUAUCAGGAGCUUUAAUUGCUUUUGAGGCACCGUGGAUGAAGGAAAUAAUAGAUCUCCCUUCUCCUGAUACAACUCCUGAAGCAGACAGAAAAAGUUUACAAGAAAAAUGUGAAUUGGAAGAUUUCAGUGAAGAACAUUAUAUGGCAGAUCUUAUGGAGCCAGAAUGUUGUGAUCCUUAUAUAGCAUAUACUGCGGAAUGGGACACAUUGCAGAAAGACAAAGUUACAUUUAGCGAAGCUGAGGUUGAUCUGUUAAAAGAGCUUCCAAACAAAGAAUAUUUAUUAGAUGCGGAAGAUAUUGAAAAAUUAUGUUUAAAUCUUGUUGAUAUUUUAUAUGCCAGUUGUUACAAUCAUCGAACUACAUUAGGAGAAAAUACUGUGGAAAGUAGUUGGACUAUUAAUAAAUUAAGUUCUACAUUAUGUUGGUUCCGAAAUUUUACUUCUAUGGAUGAAGUUAUCACGGCGUGCUUCCGAAGAUCACUUUGUUAUCCACUUCACAGAAAUUGGCGGCUUUCUCUACUAGUUUUUGAAGAUGUUAAAAAGAUUCUCACAUUAGGAAAAAAAUUUAUUAUUAAAGUUUUCUGUGAAAUCCAUACUUUUAACAACUCAUAUGAACCAAGAUACAUAUUAAAUCAAUUGUAUAUAAAGGACUUUUUAAUCUGGUUGCAAGCAUCUCCUGAAUCCUUAAUAGAACCGCUUCAUUCUAUGUUAAAUAAUAUUCAUCCAAGGAAAGCGAACAUGGGACUGGAUUUAAUAGAACUGGAAGUGGCAGCUUAUUCUGUUCAGUCAGAGGGAUUUGUUAUAGAAAAUGCUGUUCACGAGAUGGUUGGACAAAUAGAUGAAUUGUGUUUGACUGAUGCUGAGAAAGAAAAGCCAAAGAAUAUAUAUCAUGUUAACAAACAAUUUUUUAAGCAUUUGUUAUUGAGUAAUACAAGUUCAAUGAAUAGCAGUGAUACAGAUUCCGAAACGGAUUCUGAAAGCAGUACUACAUCAAGUAGCACUACCAGCAGCAGUAGCGAUCUAGACUCUGACGACUUAAGUGAACCUGAAUAAAAGGAACAAAAUAAUUAUUUUAUUUUAAUUACAAUUUGUAAUACAAGGUAAAGUA